GUGACGGUCCGGCAUCAUUCCUCAAUACGCAUUUUAUUUCUAUCUGGAAUUACGAUCAGGUCGGAUCUGCCGCUGCUGGUGCAAACACGAAUAAUUCUUUGUGCGAAAUUAACAGUAAUAAUAACCGUCCUUAUUCGACGAAUGUUGAUUGGUACAAUAGUCGCGUGAACCGUAUCAAAAUAUUUGUUUAAUCGCUAUUAAUUCCAAAGUGGAGAGCACGAAUUUUGGCAUUCGAACCAAGGCGAACAAUGGCCAGAAAUAUCUGUUUCUGUGCCGCGAUUACCGCAGUAUUAAUCAGUCUGUGCAUCGCUGCGACUCUUGACAUACCGAUAUACAGGCAACGUUUAAUUGUCGGUGAUGAAACACGUGGAAAAAGUAUCAAAGCAAGUGAAACUAAGCCAAAUCCAGUAUGGCACAACGAUACGAUCCCUCUGCAAAAAUUUAUGGAUGCAGAAUAUUUCGGAAUAAUUCGCAUUGGAAGUCCGGCCAAGAAUUUCAAAAUGGUAUUCAACACUAUGUGGGGAGACACCUGGAUACCCUCUGCGCAUUGUGGAUUAUUUGAAAUAGCCUGCAUGACGCAUACGAGAUAUGACAGCAGUAGAUCCUCAUCUUAUCAAGAAGAUGGAACCAUCUUUUCAACUGGAGACACAGCAAACGAUCUCCAAGGUUUUGUUUCCCGGGAUAAAUUCAGACUCGAUCAUUUAACAAUAGAGAAUCAAAGUUUCAUCGAGAUGACGCACAUCCCUUGGAUUCCUUAUGGACUUAGCAAAGCUGAUGGAAUUAUAGGUCUUGGUUUUCCAGACCUGAGACACAUCAAGGCUCCAUCUUUUUUCACAAACAUGCUGAAACAGAAGCUUAUCAAUAAGCCAAUGUUUUCAUUCUACUUCAACAGGGAUGCGACCACAGAAAGAGCUGGUCGUCUGGUAUUGGGAGCACCAGAUAGAAAGCAUGUUAACGAGUCAACACUGGUUACAGUUCCCGUGAUAGGGAAACUUUACUGGAAGAUCAAAAUGGACAGAAUGGUUAUAGAUGUUAGGAAUAAGUCUCAUCCAUUUUGCAAGGAUGGCUGUGAAGCCCUUUUGGAUAGUAGCACAAACACAAUAGUCGGGCCAAGGGACGAAAUUCAGUUAAUAAACGACCUGCUAGGUGCCAGAUCAUUCGUGCCAGCGAUUUUCAAAAUGGACAGAUACAUGGUGAACUGCAGGGAAUUUGCAAAAUUACCACCGAUCAACUUCGUAAUAGCUGAAAAGAACUUCACCAUCAAUUCAAAGUACUACGUUCAACAUCUAACAUACGAAAGUUUGGAAAUAUGCCUAUCACCAUUUGUACCGAGCGAUGAGAAGUUUUGGCAACUAGGCGGAGCAUUUUUAAUGGAAUUUUAUACAGAGUACAAUUUCGAUCACGGUCAAGUGACAAUCGGAAGAACUAAAUUCUAAAGACAUAAUAUGUAUAGUUGACUGAAGACUCUCAAAGACUGUGAACCUAAUGGGGUUUUAUAUGUCGUAUGGGAUUGCGUGUUAAACAGCUCCCGCGGACAAAGAAAUUACCAAAUCGCUAACUAGGCUUCUUAUGGCUCCAGCCUCACUUACCCGUCGAAUACUGGCAACGAAAGUUAUCCCAGGGUUGACAGUCUUUAUAUUUUUCCGUCAACGUACGUUUAUAUAAAUAUAAUCGCGCAUAAGUUCCUUUUAUAAUGUUUAUACAAAUUUUAAUUUUUCUCAAAUAAUGUAUGUAUACCUACGGUCGAAAAAUAAUAAAAUUUACCCGUGUGAAACAUCUGCAUUACGCUGU